CAAAAACCCAACUAAAAGUUUUUAAAUACUCUCUUACCCCUCGAUCUCUCUCUCUCUCUCUCUCUCUCCCUCGAUCUCUCUCAUCUUCCUGCCAGAUCUUUAGCUUGCAGACCAAAUCUGGGGACUGAUCUACCGAACUCUUACGAAAAUCGUCCGAUCGUCUUCGUUUUUCUGCCUGAUUCAGCUCUGGAAUCACUUUAGGAUUGGGUUCGUCUUUAUAUUAAGUGGAAUUGGAGAAUAGAAUCAAGAUGCCGUGGACAGCCUCCUUGGUGAAUUACUGCAGCAAGUGUGUUCGCUUGGUGGUCUUCUUUCGUGUCAUUCUGUAAUUUGAUUUGCAUUGAAGGAAAUUAAAACGUUGAUUUUGCUGGUCUUACUUUUGCGGCUGUUCCAAUAUUAUAUUACUGGUUGGAGGAGUGAGAAUGUACAUUGGUAUUACGGGAAAGAGAAACAGAGCUGUGAAGGAAGUUGGGAAGGUUAACAUGAGUGUUGGAAUCAUUGCCUACUACCAAGUGAUGCAAGUUUGUCAGGCCGAGUAUUUUCGCCAAUUGCUAAAACCUGUCACGUAGGAGAACAUUGCAAUAAGCAUUUGGACAUUGGGGAGUUGGGUGGACUGGCCUCCAGUUGUGCUAGAAGUGAAGAAAUGAAAUAUUUCUUUCCUGUCUGUCUUUAAUUUGAUAUAAAGAUCUCGCUUAAAUUUACAUGGCAACAUAUAGAGUUGCUUUGUAGUCUUCUCAUUAGUUAACAUCCCAUUUUGAUUUUCGUAAUACAAUAGCAAGCUUUCCUGAGAGAGAAGACACGGUAACUUGAAGUUUGGAGAGUUUCCCGUUUGUUUGUUUCUUUUACAUGGACUUUAUGCAGAGUGACCUCAACUGUUACCUCAAAAACGCGAUGCUUCCAACAGCAAACCAAGGGGGUGAUAAUCACAUGCAGAUUCCUCUGUCAUCUGCCUAUCCUUCUGUUUUACCUCCUGGGCGAAACAACUUGGGACCUUUCAAUACUGUUGAGUUUCAACCUUCUGAAGUUUGUCCCCAAAAUUUCAUCAUCUUCGACCACACUGAUAAUCGAAGCCAAAUCAUGUUCCAUCCUGCAAUUGCCAACAAACUUAGUGGCCCUACUGCGAAUAUGUGCUCGAAGUACAUCCAAAAGAACUUUUACGUCAAUGAUGAGCAUAAUGAUGAUAGUAGAGAAAUAUCAUCUCCUUUGAUGGAAGAUUUGGAUGACAUCGAUGCAUUAUUGAGCUUGGAUGAUGAAGAUCACGAAGACAUUGAUGGGUCUGAAGAUGAAGAGAUCAGCACUGCAAGGUCUCAUUUGAAUUAUGGGAAUCAAUCCCCUGAUUCUUCAUCCUCCUCUUAUAGUUCAAAACCCAGGAAGAAUCGGUCAUUUAAUCCUGUCCACAAGUUGUCAAGCAGUGGAAGAAGCAGCCGCGACAGUGACAUGAAACAGUUAAAAGUGAAGAAAAUGGUGAGAAAGCUGAGAGAGAUUCUACCUGGUGGUUACCAAAUGACAACAGUCACCGUUCUCGACGAAGCUGUUAAAUACCUGAAAUCUCUCAAAGAUGAAGUGCAGAAACUCGGAGUCGGGGGCUUGGAGAACUAAGUCUCAAAGUAAGCCUUCUGGUGGCAUCAGCUGUAGAACUCUGAAGGAUUCUCAUAUCACGUGCUUCUCCUCGCCACCUAGUAAAAAGGUUCUUUGAAAGAUUAUUAGUGGUUCUUUGAAUGUUUUGAAUUUCAAAUGCCUGCGGUUGAUUUGACUGUGGAACCAAUAUUUCUUGUCAGGCUCCUGGACUAUGUUAUUACCUGUUUCGUUCAUGUUUUACUUCGGUGUCUGGAAGUUCUGCGAUUGAUCUGCCGCUUCUAUCAGCAUCUGUUAUCUUUGAUUUAAGACUGCACUGUACCUUCUUUUUUGUCUUGAACGUCUAUUAUCAAUCUAUUCCAGAAUCAUUGACUGUAAA